CCCCUCCCCAACCCCACCUUCAAUUCCGUCCUCCUCCCUUCACCGCAAAGCCCCUCCAGACGCCGCCACGCCGGAGGAGGAGGCGGCUCUCCUUGGGGCUAGGGUUUGGGCACUCCGGUGCCAGUGUUGCUCCAGCGCCGCGCAAGCCCCGCGUCAGCUCAGCUGCCGCUUCCGCCGGAGCGGAUUCAGGACCGAUUUCUUCUGCUGCUUCUUCCAUUGCCGCCUCACCGCCUCGCCUGGUUGGUGCUGAUGCGCUUCUACUGAUCCAUGGCCAAUACCCGAUCAGGAGGACGAGGAGGAGGAGCUGCUGCCUCAGGGGCACCCAGAGACGGACACACCGCUCCUCCUCCUCCUCCUCCUUCUGCUUCUGCAACUGCCACGAGGAAGCUUCCCAAUGCCAGAGAGACCAGGAGCACCACAGCCGCCGCAACCAAUGCGCAGACACCAAACCUCAGGAGGUCUACUCGGGAAACCAGAGGCAAGAACAAAUAUAAACAUCUUCCCGCCACGACUUCCUCCCACAGAUCUGCUACAAGGCUCACCAGGGAUGCCACUGCCAUUGCUACCCCCAUAUCCGCAUCCUCGCCAAACAAGCCAAAAGACUCAACAAAAAAGUCCGCCAGAGCUAGGAAUACCAGCGGCUCACCUUCUCCCCCGUCGAACCAAGAUUCUAACGGAACCUCAACGUCCGCCCCAAUCGCCAAAAGAAAAACUGAAGAUGACGCUCAGACUGCCACCACGCCGUCUAAGAAGCAGAAAAGGCUCAUGAACACAAAGAGAUAUAUUGCACUCUUUGGUCCUGAAGAAAGCCCCAAAUCGCCAGUGCUUGCUACUCCUCUCAGGGAGGACGAGGAAAAUGCUUCCAAGGUGCAAGCGGAAGAUGCUGCUGCUGUUUUGGUGGAUGAAGAAAGUAAUGCACAGGAGCAAGUCAACAGGGAACCUUCAAGUGUGGCUGAUAACAAGGUUUUGGAAGGUCACUCUUCUGACUUGCAUGAAAUGCCUGAGGUGAUAUUGGAGGGAGAUGAAUUGAAGAUUGGAUCUCAUCAGUCUGAUCUUGUUUCAGAGUCAUGUAUGCCUAUUGAGAUGUGCUUACUAAAUAAGGCAGCGGAAUGCAUCUCCAUAUUGGACAUUGGAAAGCAAGCUGCUUGUGAUUCAAACCAGAACUCUCUACCAGAAUUGCAAAAUAGGGAUUGCUCUACUGCUCAUCAUGAAGAGGCCAGCAAGGCAAUCAAAGAUGGUGAUUCCACUGGGAUUCAAGGGGCAUGCAUUUCAAGGAAUAUUGAAGCUAUCCAAUGUGAUGAAACAGAUUACAAUGACGACAUGUGUGUUGGUUGCAGAAAUAAUGAAGCCUCAGAUAUUCUCAAGUCUUGUGAUGGAAAAGGAUGUAAACGACAUUACCAUCUUUCUUGUAUGGAUCCUCCCUUGGAUGUGUCCCUAGGAAUAUGGCUUUGCAUAGUGUGUACAAAAAAGAGGAUCCAGUUCGGUAUAUAUUCAGUCAGUGAGGGAAUUGAGUCUCUGUGGGAUGUCAAGGAGGGAGCCGAUAACAGCAAGCAAUAUUUUGCGAAGUACAAGAAUCUAGCUCAUGUACAUAAUCGAUGGGUUUCAGAAAGUGAUAUAGUCGAUAGCGCCUUGCAAGGUCGUGAUCUUAUCUCCAAAUUUAGUAAGAGAAUUCAUAAAGAAAAGACAAUAAGGUGGAAGCAGGAAUGGGCUGAACCACACCGUCUGUUGAGGAGGAGAUCACUUAUGCCACCAAAAGAAGCUGAAGUUUUUUUUAAUUCACUAGGUGACAAAAUUGCAUAUUGUAAUGUCGAAUGGCUAGUGAAAUGGAAAGGUUUGGGCUAUGAACAUGCUACAUGGGAACUUGAGACCUCAUCUUUUUUAUGUACCCCUGAGGCUGAGGAGCUCAAAAGGAGCUAUGGAAACCGCCUUGAAGCUGCAAGAAGAGCAUCUGAUCCAGCAAAAGUAGACAAGGUUAAGGGAGGCAUGUUUCAGAAACUCCAGAGACUGCCAGAUGGUUGCCCCCCUGGUUUAGAUGAUGAUCAUUUGAGUUCGCUCAAUCAGCUUCUUGAGUUGUGGCAUAAUUCUCGUGGUGCUGUUUUCAUUGACGAUCAGGAGCGAGUAAUUAAGACAAUUCUUUUUGUGAUGUCCAUACUGCCUCACAUCUGCCGACCAGUCCUCAUUGUCUCUGCUUCUGCUUCUCUCUCCUUGUGGGAGACGAAGUUCAGUCGCUUGGCAGCAUCCAUCAAUGUUGUUGUAUACAAUGGGGAGAAAGAUGUACGCAAAUCAAUUCGAGAUCUGGAGUUUUAUGAGGGUGGUUCUGUGAUGUUGCAAGUUCUCUUGUCCCACCCUGAUGCCAUCUUAGAGGACAUUGAAGCCAUUGGGCGAAUUUGUUGGGAGGCAGUUAUGGUCGAUGAUUGUCAAAACUCAAGAGUUUCAAAAUGCCUUGAACAACUUAAGGAACUUCCUACCAAUUUUAGGAUGGUUUUAUUGAGUUCCUCACUGAAGGAAAAUAUUCCUGAGUACAUCAAUCUGCUAUCUUUCCUCAACCCUGAAGAAAAUGGUACAUUUAGUGUUUCAAAUGGUGUUUCUUUUGAUACAGCUGGCACCCUAGCAGUGCUGAAAGCAAAACUUGCCCGUUAUGUUGCAUUUGAGCGGAAGGCAGAUUCUUCAAAGCUUUUGGAGUAUUGGGUUCCCGCUUACCUUUCACCGGUGCAAUUAGAGAUGUACUGUUACACGUUACUAUCAAACUCCCCAGCACUUCGAUCACAUUCAAAAACUGAUAGUGUUGGUGCUCUUCGCAACAUUCUUGUAUCCCUCCGGAAGUGUUGUGACCACCCUUAUCUCGUUGAUCAAAUGUUGCAAAGCUCUCUUACCAAGGGUCACACUGUAACUGAUAUCCUUGAUAUUGGAGUGCGUUCAUGUGGCAAGUUGCUGCUUCUUGACAAGAUGCUCCAGAAGAUUAGGACUGAAGGUCUAAGAGUUCUUAUUCUUUCCCAGUCUGGUGGUGGGUCUGGCAACCCUAUUGGUGACAUUUUGGAUGACUUUGUUCGUCAGAGAUUUGGUUUUGAGUCAUAUGAACGUGUUGAACGUGGUUUGCUACUUCAAAAGAAACAGACAGCAAUGAAUAUGUUCAAUGACAAAAGUAAGGGGCGAUUUAUUUUUUUGAUUGAUAGUCGUGCAUGUGGUCCAAGCAUUAAGCUAUCAUCUGUUGAUGCCAUAAUCAUAUAUGGUAGCGAUUGGAAUCCCGUGAAUGACUUGAGAGCUCUUCAGAGGGUCAGCAUGGAGUCACAGUCUGAACAUGUGCCUAUUUUUCGUUUAUAUUCAUCUUGUACAAUUGAGGAAAAGGUUCUUAUUCUUGCAAAGCAUGGUCAUAUUCUGGAUAGCAAUAUCCUGAAUAUAACCCCUAGCCUCAGCCAUUGUCUGCUCAGUUGGGGUGCAUCAUUUCUCUUUAAUAGACUUGAGGAGUUUCAGAACCCUAGCCACUCAUUUAAAGGCUCUGAUGCUGAUGAGCUUUUCGUGGAUAAUGUAGCUUCAGAGUUUUCAACAAAAUUACCCAACAAGGUUGAACUCAGCAAUGAAAUGGACAAUGCAGCCAUAUCACAAGCUUAUCUACGCGGAUCUUUCUAUUUCAGAGGCACUGUCGUAGUAGGUGAGAGGGAGGGAAUCGCAUCAGUUGAGGGUGAUCUGCCAAAGUUCUGGGCCUACUGGUCAAGUUUACUUAAUGGAAGGUCUCCUCGCUGGCAACAUAUAUCUGAGCCAGCACAAAGAAGCCGCAGAAAGAUACAAAAUGUAGAAGAGCAAUUGCCAGGUGGGACUGAAGAAACUGAUGAGGCUAGAAUAAAACGUAGAAGAAUUGGUGAAGUCAUGGAUUCAUCUCCAAAAGUCCCACCUGGCAAAGACAACGACACUAUAUUGUCUGGAAACAAUACCCCAUCAAGUUCUCAUCAAAUAUCAGUUGAAGAUACAUGGCAGGAACUAGAGAGAAACAAUCUUCAUGGCGCACAAAAAGGUCUACACGUGCAACUCAAGCCAGAACUGUCAAAGUUAUACAAGUUGCUGCAACUGCCGGAGAAUGUGAAAUCCUUAUGUGAGGAAUUUCUGGAGUAUAUUUUGAAGAAUCACCAAAUCAGCCAGGAGCCUAAGGGCAUUCUGCAUGCAUUCAAUAUAGCUCUGUGUUGGCGUGCUGCUUCUCUCUUAAAGCAUAAGAUCAAUCGUACAGAAUCCCUCACCCUUGCUGUAAAAAACUUGAACUAUGAGUGCACUGAAGAACUAGCUGAGUUUGUCUAUGGAAAGCUAAGGAUACUAAAGAAGAAGUUUGCACGCAGAGCAGGCGAAAUGAGCAAACAGAAUCAUACGGCUUCAGUAAGCAACAUAUCAACUUGUGAACAAGAGAAUUCAGUUAAAUUGAGAAAUGAUGAGUUAAUCCCUAGUCAGCUAACUUCAAUUGAUGGUAACUUUGAGACUGAUUCACAUCGAGAGGCUGCAGGUGAUUUUUGGACUGAGCACAUAGCUUCAGGAGAGAAAGAGCUGCUAUCUGACCCAGGACCCCAUAGAGAGGAAUGUAUAUCGAGGGAUGAACUUCUUAGUAGAAUAAUGGAAAAAAGAAUUAAAUUAGUUGAUAAAGUGUUCUCCUUAAGAAGAAAGAGUAUCGAGGAUAAGCAUUCAAAUGAGGCCUCGUUUUUAGACAGGCACAGGCAAAAGGAAGUCGUUAAACUCAGAGAAGCAUGCAGUUUAGUUGUGGAACAUCUUCGUAGAAGUCAAAAUCAUAUUGCUCAAGAGGACAGGGAUGUGAACAUAAAGCUAGUAAUUGGAUGGUUUACUAUGCUUCUAUGUGCAUUUUUGAAUCACAUGAAAUGCCAACGCAACAGGCUUGAUAUGCAGCAAUCAGCUACCUGGACAAAGGAGUCUCAGUUGAAGGAGGAAAUCCUUCAGGCAGCAAAGUCUGGCCAAUUAGACCAUACUUUUGAUCAAUACAUUCCUUUACCAGAUUCAGAAUUUGUUAUGGAGGAAUUUAGUCACUUUAGGGAAGUUGUUGGUAACUGCCAUGUUCAUGCAGCUGCUCCAACAACACCGUCUUUGGAUGAAAAUUCAACAAUGGAAAUUACAUUGGUUCGAAGUGUAAAUGCAUCUGAAGUUGUUGAAGAAGAAACGCAGAAUAGACCUGAAGUUCUUAUUCAAGGUCCAGCAUCAUUUGUCAGUCUGUCAGUGAAUGGAAUCUGCAAUGUUUCUGAUGGCAUUGCCUCACAAGGAGAUGCAUCUCUGGCUGUUCAUUCAUUGGAACCUUCAGGUGGUGACCAUAGAAGUACUGAACAUGCUGAGGAGAGUGCUGUUUGCGUGCCACUACAAGGUGGUACAAGUGAACGUUUAGGUGAUGCUGAAGUGGAAGUUGACACAGAAAAUAGGAGCACCGAUUUUGCCGAUUCACCUCACUUGGACACACCAGCUUUGACUGCUCCUUCCAGACAGGCCACAUUGCCAGUUUCUGAAGAAGUCGAGAUACAGAACAAUCUUGUGACUCAGUGUGCACAACAGAGUUUAGUGUCAUCACAACUUUCGCAAGGAGAAUCAGAACAAGCAGACUUGUCUGGUGUAGCAUCAUCUCAGCCGUUGCAAUCUGAGAGGCAACAAUCAAUCCCUUUCUCCAAUAACUUGCUUGAAAGAGCACAACCUGAUGAUAGUCAACCAAGUCAUCAGACAGAGGUGGCAUCUGGUUCUGUGCAGUCUGCAGAACUCUUUCCAGUGGCAUCAAUGAUGUUUAAUCACCCACCUAUUGAUGCUGAACCACUGAAAAAUGAGUUGCACAGAUUAAGAUUAUACAUGGACACAGUCAAUAAAACUCAUGAACUGAAGAAAACACAACUUCGGAUGGAGUGCAGCCAAGAAAUAGAGAAGGUAAAGCAAAAAUAUGAUUUGUUAAUUGAAGAACAUGACUCCACCCAUCUUCAGCAAAAGAAGACACUUGAUAAUUUUUAUGAGAAAGUUCUGCGCAACCAAUCACUGGCUGAGGAUUUUCGGGCCAAAUUCAUAUCACCAUCUGCAGCACAAGCAAGAGCCCAUGCCCCUACAGUUCGUCAGACACCUCAGGCUUCUCAGCAAGUACCGAUGAGGCCUUCAGGGAUGGGAUCCUCAGCGUCAUCAUUUGCCUUGCCAUCAGCCUGUCGACCACCAGUACCAAGGCUUAGAGUCCAAGCACCACUGGUGGAACAACCAUCAUCGUCACUGUCGCAGUUGUCUCGUUCGUCAUCGCCGUCCUCACAAGUGGUCCAACCUCCCCCCUUGAUACCAGGCAAUAUUUACAGAACAUCGUCAGCACCUCUUAGUCACAUGCCUACACCACGUGGGAGCUAUGGAGCUCAGAGUGAAUUGGCUCCUCGUGCACCUGCUCCUCAUCUCCAGUUCAAGUCACCACUGGCAAAUUCAAUGCCACCUGGAAAUCAGCAGCAGCUUCUGCCAACUAGGGUGGAGGCGACGUCCCCGAGGACACAACCAGUGCUGGGAGCAAAUUCAUCCCCAUCAGAUUCACACCAUGGCCCCGUGGCAACCUCAGGCAUGUCAAGUUUACACUCAGCCCUCCCAGCAACAUCAUUGCCCUCAAGCUCGCAUCCUAGUCACCUGGCACAACGUGUGCCACCAGCUCCAAACCCAGCUUUACAAAUAGCAGCACCUCCAGGCUCGAAUACAGCAGCACCUUCCAUCACCGCAGGAGAGCAGCCGUCAUUAUCGCUGGAUGCAUGGCUUACAGCCAGUCUUGGGUUGAGCGGCGAUGAGCCUAGGGCGACGGCCCCUGCUACAAAUGGUUCUGGUAUAGAUGUGGUAUGCUUGUCUGAUGAUGAAUCAGAGUAGUGAAAUGCACAAGACUGACAGUUAGAGUUGACUGCUUGAAGCAAAUAGGGGUAGCGCGAUUCAUUCUAGCUUCACUGUAAAUUGGUACCGUCACCAAUGUCAACCAACUGUUGCUGUAAAUCGCUGCCAACUGAGAGUAGAAACACGUCUCUAAGAUUAACCUGUGGUGUGGCGUGCGUGGUGGGCUUCUUUUCUGUUCUGGUCCACUUUUGUAGCCUAGCGCUCUCUGAGCAUGCUGUACAUGGUGGCACACGCACGUAUCCAUCCAUACAUAACCUGCUGAGGUGUUGGUUGUAUUGUAUGCUUAUUAGGUGUUUGCAUUUCAUGUACAGUUGGAGUAGCAUAUGCAAAGAGAUUCAGCACAAA